CAUAUUUAUGUUCACAGCUGAUACGAUCCUGAAGUGCGUCUUUUAACGUCGUCAUGGCAUUUUAGAUUAGUACUACAUUAUUUAUAUCGAAUUUGUUAGAAAAAUGGUUGUUGAAAUACGAUAUGUUAUUAAGUUAGUGUUUUGUGUAUAUUUUACUAUCGCCAGUGGUAUAAUUCCAACAACCAGAGGUGAUAAUGUCCCCAACACUCAAGAGCAAAUCAAAACAGUAUCCAAACGUUUUGACCUGGAUUUUCAAACUUGUGUUGAUAAUUUUGAUAUACAUAGGGACAAAAUAAUUCGAACACAGGACUCCAGGGCAAUGGGAGCUAAAUAUAUCAACGAAAUAGAUUUAAGUUCAAGAGAAGAGUGUUUAAGAUUGUGUUGUGAAACAAGUUCAUGCGAUGUAUUCGUGUUUGAAGAAAAAAAUCCAGGAAGCUGUUAUCUGUUUCACUGUGGCUCGCCUGAUGAUUUCAAGUGCAAAUUCACCAAACAUCACAAUUACACCAGUGCAGUCCUCGCUGUAAGCAGGCACAUGACAGAAUUAGAGAACCAGAUUAAGUUAACCAAACACGAGGAAGAAUUAACCAGACUCAGGAGACCAGAAACAGCAGCAGAGCAGAGUACGGCGACGACAGUUGCAACAACUGCGAUGCCUCCACGCCCUCCAUCCAAGGAGACGGUUCAAAUCGUCCCUGAAGCGAUCAACGCAACUGCUGGCCGUCGCUGCAGUCGGUACCAGUUCGAAUGCCACAGUUCUGGAGAAUGCAUCGCCAUCUACAACGCUUGCGACGGCAUUCCACAGUGUGCGGAUGGAAGUGACGAAGCACUGGAGCUGGACUGUCCAGACUUAGGUAGGACACUGAUAGACGGCGUUACAGGAACUACGCAACCACCUCCAUCGCUGCCAACCGUGUCAGCACUAAGUGACAAAGAGUCAGGUGGAAGUGGGCCACUCUCGGCGAUUCCCACGUACAACAACAUGCCGCACCAACAGCAAGAGAUGAUUAAAUCUGCAAUAAACAAUCAGCAACUGCCAGCGUACAGCGGUGCUGCACCACUGUACAGGCAGGAUCCACGCUGGCAACAAGCUCAGCAACAGCAGCAAUAUGGAGGAAUUCAACCCAGCAAUGAUGGCAUUAAUCUCAGCAAUAAUCAAAAGUUAUUUCCUAUAUCCCAAAACAGUCAACAGCAGUCACAGGUACAGGGAAAUAAAUUGUAUGGGAGAGAAGGCGAGGGGUCGCAAUACGGUGGUGGUAGCAACAGCAACAACCUUCAGUGGCAAAGUUACCAGCAACAACAGUUGCCCCACGCAGCCACGUACCAGGGCCCUGUGAAUCAAUUCCAGGGUGGAAAUAACCAUGAAUAUAAGGAUCAAAGCAGCCACAUUUUUAAUCACAAAGACAAUGGAUUAGUUGCAGAUUCAGACAGUCCUGCUGCUCAGUAUAAUGAAAUGCUGCAUAAUGAGUAUAAAUAUGGCAGUAAUGGCCCGAACAGUUACUACAAUAACGGUCCAUACAGGCCACCAGCAGCAAAAUGGCAGCCUCCACAACAUCAGAUGCCUGUACAAGAUCUGAACUCAAUGCCUGCAAAUGACAUACCUCAACAACUGAAUGACAAUGAAAGGAAUGUCAAAGUUGGUCUGGAUGUAAUGCAAGGGCGGUACAGUGCACAGCCCAUACCCCCUGAUUACUAUUACGAAGAUAGCCAGGAGGGAAGGUUUCAUGCACCUCAUGUCCAUGGGUCAGAAGGCCAUCACCAGCUACUCCAUAACCACCCAGUGCAAGAAGAGCAGGACAACGCUGUUGAUAGGGCGACGCCGAUAAAGGCCAAAGAACAUCACCCUACACACAAAUUCCACACUUCUCUGGAAGCAAACUUGGAAGAAGAUCUUUCUACCAUACCAAAGAGAAAAGAUUCAGUUGAUGUUAAUGUUGUGGAAUCACAGAAAAAUUCCUCCAGUGAAGUGACAACAGUAAAGACAGAAGUAACAGAGGCUUCCAAGAAACACAAUUCACACCUCAAGAAGACCCAUAAAGUUGUAGUAAACAUGGAAGAAGUUAACUUAAGUGAAGCUUCUUCAGAAACAGAAGACCCAGGAAGACCUAGUGGUGCCAUUCUUUCCCUUGCUCUAGGUUUAUGCAUUGCGGGAAUAACAGUCGUGUUAGUUGGCUGCAGGAUACGCGUGGUCAGAAGGCGACUGCGACGUGGUGGGAAAUCUCCCUAUUUUCUGGGGUCCCAAGCUUCACUGUUCAACAUCUUGCUUCUGUACCAAGCUGUUGAGUCAAACUCUGCUACCUGA